CAAACGAAGAACAACUUCAGAGAACUCCGGAGAAACAAGUGCGAGAAAACGUGCGACUCGUGCUACGAUCUCUCGUCGUUUUUUUAUUUUUCGUUGUUUUGUUCGAAUUAUUUAUUUUUCGGUUUUGGUCUCUUUUGAUUGCAUGUAUUGAUUAGAAGUGGAAUGUUUUGGAGACAUGUGGUCAGAAGAUUUGCUGCAAUAGACUGGGAGGCCGGUUUUUGAAUAUUUUUUAGAUAUAUUUCAGAGUGAUGUUUUGAUUUUCCUUUCUCUUAGAGAAGAUUUGUGCGGAAAAAGAGAAAGGCCUAUAUUUUCAGAAAAGUCUAAUAUCUGAAACAAUACCAGCUACAUGAUGAACUGAUGGGAACCGGAUCUUCAUGAGAAAUGAUUACUGAUCCAUCGAUAAUAGCACAAGCUUUCGAAAAUUUAUUUUUUCUUUUCAUAUCAUCGCUGGCAGCACUGAGUAUUUGCUCUCCCUUGAAAAUCAACAUGUUCCACAUCCCAACCCCCGUGGUUGCUGGUGAGAGCGUGAUGCUGAAAUGCAAGUACGAACUAGGCAACGAAACCCUCUACUCCGUCAAAUGGUACAAGAAUAUGGGAGAGUUCUUCAGAUACGUUCCUGCUUCGGACCCACCUUUCAAGACAUUUCGACAGAUAGGAAUAGAUGUUGAUAUAUCCAAAUCCGAUAAAAAUACAGUGUACUUACGGGAGUUAAGUAUGGAUAGCUUCGGUAACUACACAUGCCAGGUGUCCACAGACAAGCCGUACUUCCGAUGUGUGCAGUCGACGCGGCAUCUAGAAGUUGUAGUGCCACCAUCUGAUGGUCCAAAGCUCACUGAAGAAAAGUCUGAUUACGAAGUAGGAGACAAUGUGUCAAUCUGGUGUAUUUCUGGGAAAUCUAAACCGGCUCCAGAUCUCAAAUGGUACAUCAAUGAUCAGCUGGCUCAUUCUGAAAUGUCAGACCAGGAACUAGUUAUCUACCCAGAUCAACUAGAGAGUUCAAGCCUGGCCCUGAGGUUUCACUUGAAACCGGAUGUUCUGCACAACGGAAAAGUGACCCUGAAAUGCGUGGCGACCAUACAGCACAUAUAUGCAGAGACUGUCAAAGAAAUACGAGCUACAGGAUCUCAGAUUUCUACUUCGAAAUGGUUGUUGUGGAUAAUUACAGUUGCGGUUUUAAUUCAGUAUGCGAAAAUGUGCACAUUCAAUGGAAGAUGACGGACUCUCUUCAAAUAACAUGAACAUGACAUGUUUGAAUACAUUUUGUACAUAGAUACGACGCUGAGAAGAAAAUUAUUUAUGCGUAUGAAGUUGUAAAUGAGGAUGUGAUUUUGCAUUAUGCGGUUUCCCUUACAUUUUCAUAAUACCAAUAACAUUAAUUCCCGAAAUGGAGUUAAUUUAAUACUAUUACGAUCACGUGGUAAACGUCAUUAAGCAUGUCAUCUGAUUUACACAUUUAUUCAAUAGACUAUUUUGUGUUAAGUAUAAUGUGAGGUAAUAUUGGAAAGGUAGAUACAAACUGUGAAGUGGAUUUCAACAUCAAUUCCGCAACGCUCUUGACGCAUAUCACGUGAGCAAGAAUGAAUCCUUUUUCGAUUCAAAAAUGAAGUGAAAGAUAGCUCUUGAACUGUAUUUAACUUUUUCAAACAUAACUUUUUUUUAAUCAUAAAAACGAAAAGAUUUUCUUUUAUUGCAUCAUCUUAAUUUAUUAAUAUUGUAUUUGCAUUUUAUUUUGUAUCCUCAGAAAACAAAUCUGAAUAUUUAUUAUAUUUUUCCCUCUAAGAAUAAUUUUAUUGCGUAAAAAAACCUAAAUAUACUCCCAUAAGUCUAAAUUUUUGAACAGAUUAAGUACAAUGAAAUUGAACUAAGAAGCAUAUUCUUUCAAGUGAAAAUAAAUG